AUGGAAGAACAUUUAGAAGGAGUUCCUAACUUGCUACCUUAUGAAAUCGUUGCUCGUUUCCCUCUUGGUUAUUUCCUUGAGAAUAUUGCCGUACGGUCAAAUGGAACGCUCCUCGUCACGAAUAUGAUUGUCGGCCAGAUAUUCUACGUUGAUCCCAGACAUGACGAUCCCGAGUCUACUAUUCAGUUGAUAUAUGAUUUCAAUACUGCCGAACCACCUCCUGAGGAUGAUGAAGGAACUGGUAUCUAUGGCUCAAAGAAUCAUGCAGAAGCGAUUAUAGAGCAUCCAAAAAUUGCCGAUUUGUUUUACGCAUUCUCUGGUGUGCAUGGAAAAGCUGAUACCUGGGCUGUAUACUCCUUGGACUUCCGUGGCUUCGAUCCGUCUCGCGGAGCUGCUACAACCAUGGUGGAAAAGCUCGCGAAUAUACCAGGAGCAGGAUGGCUCAAUGGUGCUACGAUGAUACCUGAGACGUCGACUCUAUUGAUGGCUGAAUCUCAGCAAUGUAAAAUCUUUGCGUUCGAUCUACAAACAAGAAAGGUUUCGAUCUGGAUUGAGGACGAAAGAUUAGGCAAGGUCACAACUCGGCCACCAUGGCCUGCACUCAACGGCCUGGAGUACUUUAGAGGCCAGAUUUUCGGAACGGUUACCGAUCGUGGGACUCUUGUGAAAAUGCAAGUAGAUAAAAGUGGCGAGUACAAGAGCGGUAGUCUGGAAGUUGUAGUCAAUCAGUUGAUCGGGGAUGACUUUGCAUUCGAUUGUGAAGGGAGCGCUUAUGUAGCUACAAAUCCGGCACAUACAAUUUUGAAGUUUGUCCAAAUUGCGACUGAGCCACAAAAAGGGGAAAGGCUCAAGAUUUUAGGUGGACUAGAUAAAAAAGAGACAGCGGGUCCAACUGCUUUAGCUUUCGGGAGAGGGAAAACCGAUAGUGACUGCAUCUAUGUAGUGACAUGCGGUGGAGUAGUGAAUCCAAUUGGUGAUAAUGGACCAGGGCAAGCAUUAAUUGCCAAAGUUCGUGUGGGAGUGAGAGGUGAGGCACGUUAG